CUAUAUGAGAAGGCUCAGUUGCUGCACUAAGAGCAGCUUUGGUGGUCACCUCACAGAGAGAGACAAAGGAGGGGCAGAAGUCGCUCUGGUAUAAGCAAUGUUACGAAGAAGCCGAGAAACCAUUUGAUGAACUUCAUGGCAAGUACCUGCGUCUGACUCGUGAUGACUGGGCACAUGGCUCUCUUCUCAUCAUCAACGAGUUGCUGAGAUGUAGUAAUAACGAAGGCGAGCGAUUUCGACAAGAAAUGGAAGACAUCUCAUUGCAGCAACAUUACCAUGAGAAAAGUUACAGGACCACCCACGGCAAGUCCAAGCACCAGCACCCCCAUUCUCACCCCCACCACCACAACCCCAGCGUCUUCCAGAUGCAUCAGAGGAGCCCCCUAUUGAGCAGCGUGGUGUUUCCUGGCAUGGCCCAACCUCAGAAACAGUUCUUCUUUGAGAGCAGGACGUGUAAGGAGCUAAUGCUGGACCAUUUUACUAAGGUGUGCAAGGCAGUACUGCGACACAAAAACAGCAGAAGUGUGUAUGUGCAGCAGGUGCUCCUCAAAGUCCUGGCCAGGCUGGCUGCAUUCAAACCCGAUAUCUUUGUGAAGGGGUAUUUAGGAGAGACCAUGAGCUAUCUUCUGGGCUGUUUGAAGAACCAGAGGGAGAGAUCUGCAGCCUUCCAGGCCAUUGGGCUCAUUGCUGUGUCUGUAAAGUCAGAGAUUAAAAGACACCUGCCCAAACUGAUGGACGUGAUUAGACAGUCUCUGCCUGCCAAAGAUUUAACUCAGAAGAAGCAGAGGAACAAUGUGGACCCGGCUGUGUUCACUUGUGUCAGUAUGUUGGCCAGGGCGGUGGGACCAGCACUAGCCAAGGACAUCAAGGAACUGCUGGAACCCAUGUUGGCAGUUGGACUCAGCCCUGCCCUGACUGCAGCGUUGAGGGACCUUGCCACCCAGAUUCCUCAGCUGAAGAAAGACAUUCAGGAUGGCCUUCUCAAAAUGCUGUCCCUGGUGCUCAUGGGAAGGCCCCUUAGACACCCCGGGGCACCUAAAAGUUCCACUUUGCCUGUGCCAUUCUUAGUUGGUCAGGGAGUCUCUGAUGCCCAAGAUGUGACCAGUAUUACCUUGGCACUGCGGACACUGGGCAGUUUUGACUUUGAAGGUCAGUAUUUGACUCAGUUUGUGCGGCACUGUGCCGAGACCUUUCUGUCCAGUGAACACAAGGAGAUCCGCAUGGAGGCAGUCAGUACAUGCUCACGUCUGCUGACGCCAUGUCUAAAUGUAAGUCAGUAUUUGACUCAGUUUGUGCGGCACUGUGCCGAGACCUUUCUGUCCAGUGAACACAAGGAGAUCCGCAUGGAGGCAGUCAGUACAUGCUCACGUCUGCUGACGCCAUGUCUAAAUCUUGUCUCACAGAACCAGGGCCACGUGAGUUCUUCUGCCAUGAAUACAGUGGCUGAUGUUCUCAACAAACUCCUCAUGGUUGGAAUCACAGACUCUGACCCAGAUAUUCGAUUCUGUGUGCUCGCCUCAUUGGACGAAAAGUUUGACUCCCACUUGGCGCAGGCGGAAAACCUCAGCGCACUGUUUGUUGCCUUGAAUGAUGAGGUGUUUGAUAUCCGAGAGCUGGCUAUUUGUACCAUUGCCAGACUAAGUUCAAUGAACCCUGCCUAUGUCAUGCCGUCUUUGAGAAAAGUUCUAAUACAAAUUUUAACAGAGCUGGAACACAGUGGUGUUGGCAGGAACAAGGAGCAGGCGGCCAGACUUCUGGGUCAUCUGGUCUCCAAUGCCCCAAGACUCAUCAGACCAUACAUGGAACCCAUCCUUAAGGUUCUGAUCCCCAAGCUGACAGAGCAGGACCCCAACCCUGGGGUAGUGAACAGCGUGCUCUCAGCCAUAGGGGAACAGGCGCGGGUCAGUGGGAUGGAGAUGAGGAAGUGGAUGGACCAGCUGCUGCCCAUUGUGCUGGACAUGAUGCAGGACUCGUCCUCCCUGCAGAAGAGAGAGAUAUCCAUAUGGACCCUGGGUCAGCUGAUAGAGAGUACAGGCUAUGUGGUGGAACCAUAUCAGAAGUACCCACACUUACUGGAGGUGCUGCUGAACUUCCUGAAGACUGAGCAGUCCCACGCCAUUAGGAGAGAGGCAAUACGAGUGCUUGGACUUCUUGGUGCCCUUGACCCAUAUAAGCACAAGGUCAACUUAGGAGUGAUUGACAGGUCUAGUGAUGCAGGGGCGGUGCUUAGCAUGUCAGACAAUACAAAGGGGGAGGAGCAGACAGGAGAAUACAGCACUAGUGAAAUGCUGGUCAACAUGCCCACGGCGACUCUGGAAGAGUUCUACCCGGCGACUGCCAUCGCCACUCUGAUGAGGAUCAUCAAGGACCCGUCACUGGCGCAACACCACACCAUGGUGGUCCAGGCAAUCACGUUUAUCUUUAAGAGUCUUGGGAUAAAGUGUGUGCCGUAUAUACAGCAAGUGAUGCCAGCUUACUUGAAUGUUAUCAGGACUUCUGAUGCCACCUUUAGAGAGUUUCUGUUCCAACAGCUGGGGGUAAUAAUUGCCAUAGUGAAACAGCACAUCAGGAAUUACUUGGAUGAUAUCUUCUCUCUCAUCAGGGACUACUGGACUCCAAACAGCCCCAUGCAGAACACUAUCAUACUUCUGAUAGAGCAGAUUGUGAUAGCGCUGGGGACAGAAUUCAAGAUUUACCUGCCACAAAUCGUACCCCAGAUGCUGAAGGUUUUCAUGCAUGACAGCAGUCCAGGCAGACAAGUGACUGGAAAGCUGCUGAACGCCAUGCAGAUGUUUGGUCCAAACUUAGAUGACUAUCUUCACCUUUUGCUGCCUCCAGUUGUCAGACUCUUUGACUCAGCAGAUGUGCCUAUUCCUGUUAGAAGGGGAGCUCUGGAGACUGUCGACCGUCUGACUGACUCCCUGGACCUGACAGACUUUGCGUCCAGGAUCAUCCACCCCCUGGUUAGGACCCUGGACACCACUCCAGAGCUGAGGGGGACAGCCAUGGACACUCUGGCCGCCCUGGUGGUCCAGCUGGGGAAGAAGUACCAGAUCUUCAUCCCCAUGGUGGCCAAGGUGCUGACCAAACAUAAAGUGGCUCACCAGAGAUAUGAACUUCUGCUGUGUAAGAUCAUCAAGGGUUCCACCUAUGCAGAAAUGGAAGAUGACCCACUGUUGUACAAGCACAAGCAGAAUCGUAAUAGGCCUAGUCAGCAGACGCCAGACCAGAGUGCCGAAACGGCGACAAUCAAGAAACUCCAUGUUAGCUCAGCAACCCUGCAGAGGGCCUGGCUUGCUACUAGACGGGUGUCCAAAGAUGACUGGAUGGAGUGGCUGCGUAGACUGAGUAUAGAGCUCCUGAAAGAGUCGCCAUCACCAGCUCUGCGUUCCUGCUGGGCUCUGGCACAGACAUAUAACCCACUCGCAAGGGACUUGUUCAAUGCUGCCUUUGUGUCAUGUUGGACGGAGCUGAGCGAGACGCAGCAAGACGAGCUUAUCCAAAGUCUGGAACAGGCGCUGACAUCGCAAGACCUGCCAGAGAUCACACAGACCCUGCUGAACCUGGCAGAGUUCAUGGAGCAUUGUGAAAAGGGCCCCUUACCCUUGGACACUAGUUUACUUGGGGAGAGGGCUAUGAGAUGUCGUGCCUUUGCCAAGGCUUUGCAUUAUAAAGAAGAUGAAUUCCAUCGCACUGCCUCCACAUCUACCUUAGAGGCUCUGAUAAGCAUCAACAAUAAGCUGCAGCAACCAGAGGCAGCAGCAGGGGUACUGGAGUAUGCCAUGGCUCACCACAAGUCAGAUAUUAAAGUUCAGGAGAGAUGGUAUGAGAAGCUUCAUGAGUGGACGGAGGCACUGAGUGCUUACGAGGCCAAACAAGAGAAGGAGCCAGAUAAUGUGCAGCUCACACUGGGGAGAAUGAGAUGCUUGGAGGCACUGGGAGAGUGGGGCCAGCUGUACCAGCUUUCCUGUGAAAAAUGGCCGCUGGCUAGUGACGAAACUCGCCAGCAGAUGGCGCGGCUGGCUGCUGUGGCAUCCUGGGGUCUGGGACAGUGGGAUAGCAUGGAGGAGUAUAGCUGUAUGAUACCACGGGACAGCAUGGAGGGGGCGUUCUACAGGGCUGUGCAGGCCUUACAUGUGGACCAGUAUACUGUGGCUCAACAGUGUAUAGACAAAGCCCGCGAUAUACUGGACACAGAGCUUACUGCUAUGGCUGGGGAAAGCUAUAACAGAGCCUAUGGUGCUAUGGUGAAUGUUCAGAUGUUGUCAGAGCUGGAGGAGGUGAUGCAGUAUAAACUGGUGCCAGAGAGGAGAAACUCCAUCAAGGAAACAUGGUGGAACAGGCUGCAGGGGUGUCAGCGGGUGGUCGAGGACUGGCAGAGGAUCAUCCAGGUGCGCUCCCUGGUGGUGACCCCCCAGGAAGACAUGAGGACGUGGCUGAAAUAUGCCAGUCUCUGCAGGAAGAGUGGGAGACUGGCAUUAUCCCACAGGACCCUGGUCAUGUUACUGGGAGUUGACCCAGCUAAGAGUCCUGACCAGACCAUCCCCACCAGCCACCCUGCUGUCACCUUUGCCUAUAUGAAACACAUGUGGAAGAGCAACAAGAAGAACGAAGCAUUUGAAAAUCUGCAUCGUUUUGUGAAGAACUCUCUCCAGCCACGUGUGAACCAGCUCAAUGCCCCAGAGGAAUCCUCACAGAAAGCGGAGUAUAACAAACUGUUGGCUAAAUGCUACCUGAAGCUAGGGGACUGGUUGGAGGAUGUCCAGGGGAUCACAGAGGAUUCUAUACCCAGGGUGCUGCAGUACUUCAGCGCUGCCACUGAGCAUGACAGGAACUGGUACAAGGCAUGGCAUGCUUGGGCUUACAUGAACUACGAAGCAGUGCUGUUCUUCAAGCAGCAGGGACAGAGCACCACCCAGAAUGGCACAGGGGCGGCUGUGGGGAAGAAAGAGUCUGGAGAAGCAGUCAAAGGAGGAGAGAGUAACACGGCCAAGAUGUUCAAGUACUGCAUCCCAGCAGUCCAGGGCUUCUUCCGUUCCAUAGCUUUAUCCAGUGGGAACUCGCUGCAGGACACACUGAGGUUGCUGACCCUGUGGUUUGACUAUGGCCAGUGGUCAGAAGUGUAUGAGGCCCUGACUGAGAGUAUCAAGACAAUCCAGAUUGACAACUGGUUACAGGUCAUUCCCCAGCUGAUUGCCAGAAUAGACACUCCCAGACAGUUGGUAGGAAAACUCAUACACCAGCUCCUCAUGGACAUUGGAAAACACCACCCACAGGCACUUAUUUACCCUCUGACGGUGGCGUGCAAGUCGAACGUCCCAGCACGCCAGGCGGCUGCCAACAAAGUGUUAAAGAACAUGAGAGAACACAGCAACACCCUGGUCCAGCAAGCUUUGCUGGUGAGUGAAGAGUUGAUCCGUGUUGCCAUCUUGUGGCAUGAACUGUGGCAUGAAGGACUUGAGGAAGCAUCUCGCCUCUAUUUUGGAGAGAGGAACGUCAAGGGGAUGUUUGCCACUUUGGAGCCCCUCCACUGUAUGAUGGAGAGAGGGCCACAGACACUGAAAGAAACCUCCUUUAAUCAGGCCUAUGGACGUGAUCUACUUGAAGCUCAAGAAUGGUGUCGAAAGUACCAGCGUUCAAACAACGUCAAGGACCUGACCCAAGCCUGGGACCUUUACUAUCACGUCUUCAGACGGAUAUCCAAACAACUCCCCCAGCUGACCUCUCUGGAACUGCAUUAUGUGAGCCCCAAUCUUCUGAGUUGUCGCGAUCUGGAACUGGCUGUACCUGGAACCUACGAUGUGAACCAGCCGGUGGUCGGGAUUUCUUACGUGCAAAGUUCGUUACAAGUGAUCACUUCCAAGCAGCGGCCAAGGAAGUUGUCAAUAUUUGGAAGCAAUGGGCGGGAAUAUGUGUUCCUACUGAAGGGGCAUGAAGACUUGAGGCAGGACGAGAGGGUGAUGCAGCUGUUUGGAUUGGUCAAUUCUCUGCUCAUGAAUAACCCUGAGACAUUCAGGAGGAACCUCACUAUCCAGAGAUAUUCCAUCAUUCCGCUGUCCACCAACUCUGGCCUGAUAGGCUGGGUCCCCCACUGCGACACCCUCCACUCUCUGAUCAGAGACUACAGGGAGAAGAAGAAGAUCUUGCUGAACAUAGAGCACAGGAUUAUGUUGAGGAUGGCUCCAGACUAUGACCACCUGACCCUGAUGCAGAAAGUGGAAGUAUUUGAGCAUGCUCUGGAGCACACCCAAGGAGACGACCUGGCAAAAAUACUUUGGUUUAAGAGCCCCAGCUCUGAGGUGUGGUUUGACAGGAGAACCAACUACACUCGCUCUCUGGCUGUGAUGUCCAUGGUGGGCUAUGUGCUGGGACUAGGAGACAGACACCCUUCAAACUUGAUGUUAGACAGAAUGAGUGGGAAAAUCAUCCAUAUUGACUUUGGCGACUGUUUUGAAGUGGCCAUGACCAGAGAAAAGUUUCCAGAGAAGAUCCCAUUCCGCCUGACGAGAAUGCUCAUUAAUGCUAUGGAGGUCACUGGUAUCGAUGGCAACUACAAGAUGACUUGUGAGAGGGUGAUGGACGUCCUCAGGGAGAAUAAAGAUAGUUUAAUGGCUGUACUGGAGGCUUUUGUUUAUGAUCCCUUACUGAACUGGAGACUUAUGGACACUCAUACAAAAGCCAAGAGGUCCAGGGCAAGAUCUGGCACUGCUGCUGCCACCUCUUAUUCUGAAAGUACAGAAACAACAGAUAUCUUGGAUGAUGGAGACCUCAUAGCUUCCCAGAAAAGAACAUCAAACUAUGGCCAAGAGAGCACAUCUUUAGGAGACGGUCAGCCAGAAGCUCUGAACAAGAAAGCCAUUCAGAUUGUGAACAGGGUCAGGGAUAAACUGACAGGUCGUGAUUUCCAGUCAGAUGAGUCCAUAGAUGUUCCAACCCAAGUCAACCUUCUGAUCAAACAGGCUACUUCCCAUGAGAAUUUGUGUCAGUGUUAUAUUGGAUGGUGCCCAUUUUGGUAAACUAGCACAUGGGUGAACACCAGCAUUUAACUACACAUCUAGUAACCAUGCAUCAACAAUGUUGGACUUUAUUGCCUCUGAGUCAGCUAGUGUGCCAUUGUCAACUGUUCAAUUUUCGCCCAUAAAUUCAGUCUGAUUUAAUUAUCCUUAUUGACUUUUAAAAGUAUACUUUAUUGUAUUUUUCAAAACUAGAAUUUGAUCAAGUAAAACCAAAUGUGCUUACACCUGUGAAAAUUUUGUCAGUGAUUCAAAUACCAACAAGAAGGUAGUCUUGAUUGUGAUUGGGACGAUAAACAAUAUUUAUUGUAAAAAUGUAAGGAUGAAGUACAUUUAUGUUUCAUUCUAUGAACUGAAUAUGUAAAGCGUGAAUUUCUAGUCAAGAAAACAUUUCAUAUAUAAAGGCAUUGUUAAUAAAAGCCGUUAAGUCACAUUAGCACAUCAUUGUAGGAAUUGGAAGGAUAAAUGGAAUGAAAUGACGAAUAAGAUAUGCUGAUCGAGAUCAGAUUUAUUGUUGACUUUUAAUUGCUUUGCGGUUUUCUCAUAAUAAAUUAUAAUAAUAAAAA